AUGUCUACGGGAGUUGAGAGGCAUGCCAAUUUCCCGGCAUCAGCUGCUGCUGCUGCAACAAUGGCAUCUGGAGCUGGCGAUCCGCAGGCCCGACCCGGAUGCUGCAACCCGGUGAAAAAGCCCGGCCCAGUGUCGAUGGACCACGUGCUGGCCGCCCUGCGGGAGACCAAGGAGGAGAGAGACUCGAGAAUACGGAGUUUGUUCAGCUUCUUCGAUUCCAAUAACGCCGGGUACUUGGAUUACGGCUUGAUCGAGAAGGGGCUGUCUGCAAUGCAAAUCCCCGCGGAAUACAAGUUCGCGAAGGAGCUUUUGGAGGUUUGCGACGCUAAUCAGGACGGGAGAGUUGAUUAUCAGGAGUUUAGGAAGUAUAUGGAUGACAAGGAGCUGGAAUUGUACAGGAUCUUCCAGGCAAUCGAUGUGGAGCACAAUGGAUGCAUUGUACCUGAGGAAUUGUGGGAUGCUCUUGUCAAGGCUGGGAUCGAAAUCAAUGACGAUGAGCUCGCCAGCUUUGUCGAGCACGUCGACAAGGACAACAACGGCAUCAUCACUUUCGAGGAGUGGAGAGACUUUCUCCUGCUCUACCCUCACGAGGCCACCUUAGAGAACAUCUACCGGUACUGGGAGCGCGUGUACCUAGUCGACAUAGGCGAGCAGGCCGUGAUCCCGGACGGCAUCAGCAAGCACGUACACGCCACAAAGUACCUAAUUGCCGGAGGGGUCGCCGGAGCCGCCUCCCGCACGGCCACCGCACCUCUCGACCGCCUGAAAGUAAUUCUUCAGGUCCAGACGACCCAAGCCUCGAUCGGGCCCGCGGUUCGUAACAUAUGGAAAGAAGGCGGGAUUUUGGGAUUUUUUCGUGGGAAUGGGUUGAAUGUGCUUAAGGUGGCCCCUGAGAGCGCCAUCAAGUUCUACACGUACGAGCUGUUGAAAGGGUUCGUUGGGGAUGAAAAUGGGAAUGUGGGGACCGUGGGGCGGCUCGUUUCAGGUGGGCUGGCUGGGGCUGUGGCCCAGACCUCGAUUUAUCCGAUGGAUCUCGUGAAGACCCGUUUGCAGACGUACGCGUGUGAGAGCGGAAGUGUGCCGAGCUUGUGGAAGCUUUCCAGGGAUAUAUGGGUUCAGGAGGGACCUCGGGCGUUUUACAGAGGACUGGUGCCGUCACUUCUUGGGAUUAUACCUUACGCGGGCAUUGAUUUGACGGCAUAUGAGACCUUGAAGGAUAUGUCCAGGAAAUAUAUUCUUCAGGAUGGGGAACCUGGUCCCGUCGUGCAGCUGGGUUGUGGGACAGUUUCGGGAGCACUUGGUGCAACGUGCGUUUAUCCACUGCAGGUGGUAAGAACUAGAAUGCAAGCUCAACGUAGUGGUGCAGGCACUGCUUACAGUAGCAUGUCAGAUGUAUUCUGGAGAACAUAUAAUCGUGAAGGUCUCAGGGGUUUCUACAAAGGGCUCUUUCCGAAUCUUCUCAAAGUUGUACCUGCUGCAAGCAUUACGUAUCUAGUUUAUGAGGCCAUGAAAAAGAGUCUCGAUCUUGACUAG